CAAAUUUUGGUGGGGGCCCACCACUUGGAGCUCCCACGCGGUUGAAAUUCCGCCCUGUCCCAUCACCAACCAUCCCGUCCCACGUGCAUUGUCACACACCCAACUUUCCUCUACCUGAGACUCUUUGUUAGCACUCCCAUUGUGGUCAUCUAAAGUCAAGUCGAGCCACAUGGCAAGCUGAUCAGUCACCUCGAGCAAGACAAGAACAAGCCCAUCCCACUGCUCACGGCGCAGCUCAACGUUCCGAGCCUCCAUUUCUCAGCUGUUUGCCUCUUUCUUCUUGUCUAUCGCCGUCUUGCAAGAGCGAUGGCUUGAGCGAAACCAGAACCUUUCUUCUGUUAUAGACGAGUCUCGCGCUUUAUACUCUUCCAAGCAACUUUGCAGUAGUGGCGGUGGAAGUGGCAAUUGACCAACAUGUUGCCCUUCAUUAGCAAGCCUUUCGAGCUUCUCGCCUUACGUCUCGGCGCAUCUUCCGACGAACUCAAGCUUGUCUUCUCGUUCCUCAUAUCGUACCCUCUGGCUGGUCUACUCAAGCGAGUUCCUGAUGCCAGGCCCGACCAGAAGAACCUUUUUAUUAUAUGUACAUCCACAUUCUAUCUAGUUGGUCUCUUUGACCUGUGGGACGGUGUGCGUACCCUUGCCAUCGCCUCUAUCGGCGUCUACAGUAUCGCCAAGUACCUUCGUACCAGUUACUUCAUGCCAUGGAUUGGCUUCGGUUUUCUCAUGGGCCACAUGUCCAUCAACCACAUCGCACGUCAAACUGCUAAUAACCCGUCCUCUGUCGAUAUCACGGGGGCCCAAAUGGUCCUUCUUAUGAAGCUUAGCGCGUUCUGUUGGAAUGUGGCAGAUGGCCAGCUCCCAGAGGACCAGCUAUCUGACUACCAGAGGGAGAGGAGGCUGGUUGACCUUCCAGAUAUAUUGGACUAUGCCGGUUACGUUCUCUUCUUCCCCUCUCUUUUUGCCGGUCCUGCCUUCGAUUACAUCGACUAUCGCAAGUGGAUAGACACGACAAUGUUCGACCUACCUGCUCAGGUUGAUCCCUCCAAGGCACCUCCCGUGAGGAAGAAGAGAAAGAUACCUCGCAGUGGCACGCCCGCCACCCUGAAGGCUGCUAGUGGCUUGGGCUGGAUCGGCCUUUUUAUGCUUCUUUCCAACUACUAUCCAACCGCCUAUUUGACGAGUCCUUCAUACAUGGAUCAUGGCUUCCUUCACCGGGUAUGGAUUCUUCACAUGUCUGGUUUCACGGCCCGGUUGAAGUACUACGGUGUCUGGUGCUUGACAGAGGGAGCCUGCAUUCUUGCUGGUUUAGGCUACAAUGGCGUGGAUCCUGUCACCGGCAAUGUAUCAUGGAACAGGUUACAAAACAUCAAUCCCUGGGGCGUCGAGACGGCUCAGAAUACCCGCGCCUAUCUCGGCAACUGGAACAUGAACACCAAUAAUUGGCUGAGGAACUACAUUUAUCUAAGGGUCACGCCGAGGGGAAAGAAGCCCGGUUUCCGUGCAAGCCUUGCUACAUUCGGCACCAGUGCUCUGUGGCAUGGUUUCUAUCCUGGCUACUACCUGAGCUUCAUCCUCGCUAGCUUCAUCCAGACAGUAGCCAAAAAUUACCGUCGCUACUUCCGUGCCUUCUUCAUCGAUCCCAGCAGUGGCGCGCCCACCUCCGGCAAGAUCUACUACGAUAUUCUUUCUUGGUUCGUUACUCAGUUGGGUAUGUCGUUUGUCGUUGCUCCCUUCAAUAUUCUCGAGUUUUCCGGGUCGGUCCAGGUGUGGGCUCGCGUCUAUUUCUACGCCAUCGUGGGCACCGUAUUGUCCAUGGCCUUUUUUGCCUCGCCCGCCAAGCAGAUGUUGAGGAAGCAGCUGGAGCAACGGCAAGGCAAGGCUGGUGCCAAACUCACGCGCACACUCAGUCAAGACAGUCUCUCUGGCCGGGAACCCGUCUUGGGCGUAGCGGCGGAUCCUCAGCGCGAGAUUGACGAAGCCAUGGAAGAAAUCAAGGCUGGAGUGGAGGCCCGGCAGAAGAAGAAGGCGGCUUAGAAUGAGCACCAGCGGUUUGUCAGUGGCAUCGUCCGAAUCCGAGCCAGGGAACCCAUCAUGCCUCUUGUACAAGCAGCUGUUGCUCCCAUUCCAGACAACAGUCUAUAGCCAAGUACAUGCGAUUACUGCUGCAGCUCAUCGUUAUGGAAGACAUGGUAUAGGUAGUGGUAGAAG